ACUUGAACGCUCAGGCAAAGCAUCCGAGCGCAGACCGACACCGACUUGAAGCGUGUCGCUCUUGCAGCCUUUUCUACUUCAAUGCAGGAGUAAGGCCGUGGUGUUGUUGGAACGCCGCGUGCAUGUGUGUGAGCGUGAGAUCGUGCAGCCUUGCCCACACCGUCAUAGAGCAGUGGGGGAGAUCUUUGGUAUCUUCGGAAAUAGCGCAGAAUUUUCAUUUUUGACACGUUCUCGCGCUGGAUUUACAGAGUGGUGCCGAUCAUCCGUCCUUCUUCUGGUCCCAGGGAGCACGUGACCCCGGAGAUGAACAAGCUUCGUCAGAGCCUGAGGAGGAAGAAGCCCACUUAUGUCCCCGAGGCCAGCAGACCACAUCAGUGGCAAGCAGACGAGGAGGCAGUACGCAAAGGCAAAUGUAACUUCUCUGUCAGGUACCUGGGUUUGGUGGAGGUGGAGGAGUCUCGAGGGAUGCAUGUGUGCGAGGAUGCAGUGAAAAAGCUUAAAAUUAGCGGGAAAAAGACAGUGAAGGCAGUGUUGUGGGUUUCAGCUGAUGGACUCAGGGUGGUGGAUGAUAAAACAAAGGAUCUCAUUGUGGACCAGACCAUAGAGAAAGUCUCGUUCUGUGCUCCUGAUCGGAAUUACGACAAGGCGUUCUCCUAUAUCUGCAGAGACGGCACCACCAGACGUUGGAUGUGCCACUGCUUCAUGGCUCUCAAAGACUCGGGCGAGAGACUGAGCCAUGCAGUGGGCUGUGCCUUUGCCGCCUGUCUGGAGAGGAAACAGCGUAGAGAGAAGGAGUGCGGCGUGACGGCAUCUUUCGAUGCCAGCCGUACAUCUUUUGUACGAGAGGGCUCCUUUCGCGCUAACUCUUCCUGCAGUCAGCACGGCAGUGGUAGUGAACGAGAUGACAAACAGCAGGAUAAGAAUAAAGAUCAGCCUUCUGUUCAUGCAGCCCUACCCCCUGGUACUGCCUCUCCACCUGAGGGCGCAGCAGAACCCGGGGGGCCGCAUGCUAUCCCCCGCCGCCAUGCACCCAUUGAGCAACUGGUGCGUCAAGGCUCAUUCCGGGGAUUUCCAGCUCUCAGCCAGAAGAACUCUCCCUUCAAGCGACAGCUGUCUCUUCGCCUCAAUGACCUGCCAUCCACAUUGCAACGCAAGACUGACUUUGAAGCCAAGAACGCUGUACUAGAGGUGGACAUGAGUUUGUCUGGAGAGGGAGACAUUAAUGCCCUGUGUAGCCAGAUCAACACCUCCUUCUCUAAGCCAUCUGAGGACCCUUUCUCCAAUCCUUGUUCAUCUGCGAGUGGACUGCCAACCUGUGCUGUGCCCCCAGCACUGCCUCCUCCACCAGCGCCGACGCAGGCUACAUCUUCUUGGGUUCAGCCAGAUUCUCUUCUCCACUCUCCUCCUCCAGUGUCCGCGGUGAUGCAGAGCGGCCACAAACGUACACCCUCUGAGGCGGAAAGAUGGCUAGAAGAGGUCUCCAAGGCAGUCAGGUCCCAGCAGACACCCCCACCAGGUCCCACCAUUCCCACCAUCCCGGGACCACCCUCUGCAUCUAGUCAGCAGAUAAGUCUGGUCCCGGUAUCCACAAUCUCAGUGUCUCUUGGUACCAUGCCCAAAGCCCUCAUUGGAGGUACCUCUUCGCUCUCAGCUCAGGCACCAAUGCCCCUUCCGCCCAUGUCCCUAUCCUCAGUCCCCCUAAUACCCGGCCCUCCAAUUUCAAGCCCCCCUAUGUCUUUGCCUUCAAUGUCUAUCCCCACAAUGUCUGGUCCAAGUAUGUCAGGAGCCCCCAUGAUCCAGCCCUCCCUCUCAGGGCCCGGAGGCUCCCUCCCAAGCGUCAUGCAGCCCUUUCCCUUGGCCUUCGAUGCUACUUCAGCUCCUGUGGGGAUGUUUGCCAACCAGCCUGUCCAACCAAGUUUUGUUCCCAUGCAAACCUAUAUGCCAGGCUUAGCUAGCAGUAUGACCUACCCAAAUGUCAGCGUACCUGUCGUAGGAAUCACACCAUCACAAAUGGUGGCCAAUGUCUUCUGCACCGCCACUGGCUCAUCUGCCACCGGAGUUGGCAUUGGGUCCGGAGUCGGUGGGUCCGGAGUCAAAGUGGGCACGCUAGGAACAGGCGGAAUCCACCACCCUUACUCGGGUGUGCCCACUGCAGGGUUUCCCACACCAUUCCCUUCCACUCCUCCACUUUCGACAGCCCUAAAUGGUCUCCCGACACACAGCAGCGCCUCUGUGAUCCUUCAGAAUGGCAACUCUAACAGCGGCGGGAAUGGUGGCAGCACUAGUAGCUGGCCACCAGAAGGCAGGCAGCUGAUCACUCCUGUGACCACUAAUUCCCAAGAUGAUGACCGUUUUGAGGCCAAGUGGGCGGCACUUGAGAGCACCAACACCAAACCAGCAGCUCAGGCACCUGGAAGCAAAACUCCAGCAGGAGCAGCCAACCCAUUUUCGAACAACCUUCAGAAGACUUUUGAGAUUGAGCUCUAAGGUGGGAAGAAAUCUGGGGUGCUAAUGCAAGCAUCCUUGGUUAGAAUGGAAUGCAGGUCCUGAAAUGUUGUGGCAGGCUAGCAUCCUACAAAAAACUCUUGUGGAGUAUCUACACCUUCAUGAUGUUGCUUUCUUGAGGUUCCAGUUAGUGUUUUAUAGAUUGCUGGGCUGCCACUGGAAGCUUUUCAGGUAGUGGACAGAUCAUGUGAUGAUCUAAAGUCUGCCACAUCACCUCAUUUCCGCAUCUUUCCGGCCUUCAUGUCUGCACUCUGCCUUUUCUUUCUUUGCCCGCCGCAAGUCCCUCGACACGCUGACUGUGUCACUCGGCGACACGCUCAGUGGUUGCUUUGUUUCAAAGGUGACGGAGAUGCAUUCCAAUCCCAUUGACUGAUUUGGGCAGUAUUUGUUGUGGUGAGGAAUCAUUGUGAAGAAACACAAAACUUCCUGGUUUGACCGAUGACCAGACUGAUGCUCAUGUUCAUGGCAGAAUCCUGAUUUGAGACCCUGUUGUAUGUGCAGUUGAAUAGACAGUAAAACAUCUACACACCCCUGUUCAAAUGCCAUGUCUUUGUAAAAUCCCAAAAUGAGACCAAGAUAAAUCACAUUAACACUUUUUCCACCAUCAAAAAAAGGAUUUAAAUGGAAAAAAUAUAUUUGAGAGGGAACAUUAAAACAAGAUUUGGUUGCACAUGUGUGGUGUUGUGUAUUAUCUCUUGGCAGAUGUGGCUGUUCAGAAAUCACAAAUUACAAUCAAAUUUAUGUUAAAUGGCACUCAGCACACAACUACUCCUUAUUUUUUUACUCUCUAGCAGAGAAGGUUUAAAGUUUAGUGGUAGCACUGAUUGGUGUUUGGAACUGUUCAUAAUCCGCUAAACCUUGACUAAGGUGGAAGGAAUUGUGAACAGUUCCAAAGUAUGAUGCUGCCACCAUCCUGCAGUACUGUAGGUAUGGUUUUCUUUUGUGAUGAGCAGUGUUGAAUUUGCACUAAACAUACCUUGCAGAAUUAUGGUCAAAAAUUUUAAGAUAGCUUUCAUUGGACCAUAACACAUUAUUUUUACUUCCCCUUUUGUACAGAUAAUAUAGGUCACAUUAAUAGUGGAUGUUUUGAAAUUAUUGAUAUUGGACUUUUUAUUUUUACAUGAGAAAGCCCAGGAAUUUGAACAGAGGUGUGUGGACUUUUUAUAGCCAAUUUACCCAUAAAGAGUCACUGACCAGUAGUAGUGAUUUAUUGCCAAAAUCAUUCUUUAUUGUACUUUUUUUCCGUUAAAAAGUUACAUUUACUUAAAAUCAAAACAGUUAAGUGUUUCCUUGAGAUAUUUGUAUCCCAUGUUUAUUUUUGUUGAACGCUUGGAGUAGAGAAACAAACAGGAACAUGCAAGUUGGGCAUAAAUAGUGUCUGAGGAUUGUCGGGAAUGUCGUCAUGUAACAGGAACCAAAUACGCAGGAAAGAAAUGUAUCAUGUUGCCUCCCAUGUGUUUAUUGUGGCAUGAUACUCAUAUCCGUACAGUGGGCACUUUUGCUUUUUUCCAGACAAAUCAAUAGAACUUUGCUUCAUCUCUGGUGGACAUUUCUGUUCCUAAAAUGUUCAAGGGCACUGCAAGAUAUCCAUACAGACACUUAGGAGUAGCCAUACAUGCUUUACCGAAACACUAAAGGAUGAAUGUGAUGCGCUGCCUUCCACGUUACGAUAAUCCAUUUAAAUACAGGAUAGAGUUUAUUCAAAUUCUGCAUGAUUGUGUUCACUAUAAUAUUCAGUUGUAGUGGUUCUACAUAAAACGUGGGGCUAAUGAAAGAUGGAGAUAAAAUAAGAAUAACUAGACCAGACAAGAAAUAAACUGCAUUAUUAGUUAUUUCAUCGGGUUUUAACAGUAAUUUAUUUGCAAUAAUGUUGCCACUCUAUUGCAAACAAUCCACAGUAAGGGUUUCCUGUUUAAAAAACAAAAAAAACAAACAAAAAAAAAACAAGACAUACAUUCAAUGAACUCCAAAUAUCGAGCACUCAUGGUCAAUGUUACGUUAAUCUUAAAUCGUUCAUGAACAUUCAGGAUUAACGUCAUUAUUAGGGCAACGGUUCAACAAUUUGCGGCGCAUUGCAUGCUGGGACCACAGCUUCUGCUUUCUGAUGGACGCAAAAUACAGAAAAAAAACCAUGAUACAGCGGAAACUAUUGACUAUGGUAAAAUCACUUUUUAGUAUUUUACUAGAAGGCAUGUGGUUAAUAAUGUAGAAUUUGCAGGAUGGAAGGUCUUAACAGCGUGAAAUGCAAAAGGCGGAAGGAAAGAAUGUAGGAAUACCUUUCGAUGAAGACAACAGGAUAAAGACAAAGUGAGACAGAACAUUGAGUGUGUGGAAAAUAGUAGAGGACAAAGACCCUUUUGACACUUUGCCCACGAAACAGACUAUAUGCCGCCUCCAUCUCAAAAUCAAACAUAUUCUAUAUCUACAGUCUGAAAAGCAAGAUUUUUCUUUUUAAUCAAACAAAAGACAACCCAAAACUCCAGUCAAGUGAUCCGCCUUUGGAAAAAGCUUGGCAUUUGGAGGAAGAAAUAUUUUUAACGCAAGACUUGCUUUUUCAGCCGCUCCAAUCCAACGAAAGUACAGUUAUACGAAGAGCAGUUGGCUAUGUUCCGUGCUUGUUUGAGUAUGAUUAAUUUAUAAAGUAUCUUUCAGCGAGGCAGUGAUUCUUUUCCAUAGGCUGCCUUCUAAAAAAUACAUACAUGAAGACAAGUUCCCAAUAUCAGGUGCUUUCUUUUUUGACAUUAGAUUUUAUUAGUUCUCAACAAACAAAUCCAAAUAUAUGAAACAAGAUCAAAGAAAUCAGAUUAUAUGAAACAAGAUCCUAUUUUAUUGUUCACUGAAUACAUAUUCUUGCAAUGGACUCUUGUUUACACACCCACUAAAUUAUACUGUAUAUGUAGGUUAUUGCAACAAAGCAAAUUAAAUAACCUCAUGAACCUGAUUGUAAAAUUAGUCUCGUGAUGGUAAUAAAAAAAAUGAGUUUAUUUUUAAUCUUUAUUUACAGAUUUUUGUAUUUAAGCCUACAUAUUUGUAUUGUAAUUACAUUGUACAAAAGAUGAAUAAAGUAAUAUAAUACAAUA